CCAAUCAAAUAAAUGCAGUUAUUGGUGAGCAUUCUCUACAGAAAGUCAGCCGAUCAUCAAAGGCUUGCGUUUAUUUUAUUUUGCAUGCCAACAUUUUUUAAAACCAAUCAGUAAAUCCAAGUUUUAUGCAAUAACAGCAUGUAUGAAUGGAUUAUUCCAACUCAUGGUUCCUCUGUUUCUUUUUAGGAUCACUGACAAUCUGCUGGCCAUGGCCCGCCCUUCCACCAAAAUCAUUGAAAAAUUUGACGUAAUAGACCAGUUUUUGAGAUGUGGUUUGAAGACCGUUAUUAACCUCCAGUGCCCUGGCGAACAUGCCAGCUGUGGAAACCCGCUGGAUCCCCAGAGUGGCUUUUCUUACCGACCGGAGACAUUCAUGGAGGCUGGCAUAUAUUUCUACAACUUUAGAUGGAAUGACUAUGGUGUGGCGUCUCUCACAUCCAUCUUGGAUAUGGUGAAAGUCAUGUCUUUUGCCAUCCAAGAAGGCAAGAUGGCUGUUCACUGUCACGCAGGGCUUGGCAGAACAGGUGUGUUGCUGGCCUGUUUCUUGUUGUUCACCACACAGAUGACAGCAGACCAAGCCAUUCUGUUAGUUCGAAGCAAACGACCAAACUCUAUCCAGACUAGAGGACAGCUCCAGUGCGUCAGGCAGUUUGCUCACUUCCUGGUUCCGCUAAGGAACGUGUUUGCUAACGCUGAGCCCAGAGCGCCGCCUGUUACUCUUUCACAAUACUUGAUACGGCAGAAACAUAUACUGCACGGAUACGAGGCUCGGAAGUUGAGAUACGUGCCAAAGCUCGUCCCUCUCAUCUGCAGACUCCUACUGGACAUCGCAGAGAAUCACCAGGUUAUCGAGGAGGACGUUGUCGAGGUUCCUGACGUCACACAUGUGGUAGAGAAAACAUUUAAUGAAAAUUCAAUAUAUCAGUUAAACAGAGAGAUAUUGGAAAAUGGGACGACUAUGAUCAGGCCGCGUCUUCCAGGUCUACCCAGAGCCAAUAGAAGCAACACACAACCUCUUUAUUAUGUCCGUAAGAGCCUUAGCUACAGCGAGUCUGACCUCCAGAGGUUAGCAGCGUCUUUAAACCUCUCGGAUAACCCUCUCGGGGUUUUAGCCAGCAUCCACUCAACUACCAUCAACGAUCAGCUGGGAGCUUUCAGCUGUGUUUCCCAGAACUACGUCAUUCCUUCUCUGGGGGCUUGCAAGCACAAUCCCAUCUACAGCUCAACCAGCAAUAUAUGGGAGCUGAAAACUCUUAUGGACCAGACAGAAGGAUCUCCACUGCUCAAAACCAGGAGGCAGUCGGUCCUGCAGCGAAGCCAAUCUCUAGGCGUUUCAGAUGAGAAAAGCACCACAAGCAUCUCCCAAAUACUGUCUUACUGGAGGACAGACUGCAAGCACAGUUCUGACCCUGACGAGACUCAACAUAAUGAAAAAGAGCAUUCGGAGGUGCCCUUCAUUACUGUCCAGUCCGAGCUGUCUCUGGAGUCACGUCGCCUCCUGGUGGCUCAGUCCCUUGCGGUAGACCUCGAGAAGGAGGGAGAGAAGGUGCAAAUUCAGAAGGUGUCUACUUGGCAGGCAGAUCUUAAUCGUCAAGGUGCGUGGGAGCGACUGUGUUUGGAAAAAGACCCAUUUAUUCUGUCUGGACUCAUGUGGUCCUGGCUGGAGCAGCUCAAAGAGCCAAUCAUCUCCGCUCAUGAUGUUCACACACUAACAGAGACCAGUGAGGACCCCCAAACUGUGCUCAACUGCCUAGAUAGGGCUUCAAGAGAAACAGUGAUGUGUAUUCUGGACUGCUUUGCUCAUGUAUUAACAAUACCCGAGGAAGUCGAGAGCACUUUCCUGGAGCGAGCGACAAAAGCUUUCACAAAGAUGAAAAACACAGAUGGUGGGAAGAGUGUCCACAAAAUCAUGAACGGGAUCUUGAAGAUUGCUCUGCAUCAUUUGAGGUCGGCUGUCAUGAAUGAGUUUGAGGUCUAACACAUGUGAC